CGUGCCCCAUCAAACAUUAACAGCCUCUCAGCAGGCCAGGCAGCACGGCUGGUGGUGGCAUCCAGCCACCAUGGCGCUCAGCACCCGCCUCAUUUCACCCCUCUGGCCUGCCCUGGCAGCUCUGCGCUGGGCAGUCCCCCGGCAGCAGCGGGGGCUCAGCACCUCCCCAGGAGUGGGGCGCACCCAUGACCUCAGGGGCAUCUUCCCACCCCUUACUACCCCCUUCUCGCCCACACGGGAGGUGGACUAUGCCCAGCUGGAGGGGAACCUGCACCGCUAUGCCAGCAUCCCAUUCCAAGGUUGUGUUUCAGGGCUGGUGGUGCUGGGCUCCAAUGGGGAGUACCCGUACCUGACACCCCACGAGCGGCUGGAGCUGGUGAGCUGCGUGCACCGGGCUCUGCCCAAGGACCGCCUGCUGCUGGCUGGCUCAGGUUGCGAAUCCACCCAGGCCACUGUUGAGCUGACGGUCAGCAUGGCAGAGGCAGGGGCUGACGUGGCGCUGGUUGUGACACCCUGCUACUACCGGGGGGCCAUGACCAGUGCUGCCCUGGUCCAGCACUAUACCGAGGUCGCCGACUCAUCCCCCAUCCCCGUGGUGCUAUACAGUGUCCCUGCCAACACUGGCCUGGAUCUGCCCCUGGAGGCUGUGGUCACCCUGGCUCAGCACCCCAACAUCAUCGGGAUCAAGGACAGCGGUGGGGACAUUACCCGCAUUGGGCUGAUGGUCCACAAGACGCAGCAGGAGGAUUUCCAGGUGCUGGCAGGAUCCGCUGGCUUCCUACUGGCGAGCUAUGCCCUGGGUGCCUCUGGGGGAGUCUGUGCCCUCGCCAACAUCCUGGGGGCCUCGCUGUGCCAGCUGGACCGCCUGUGCCGCGAGGGCCACUGGCAGGAGGCGCGCAACCUGCAGCACCGGCUCAUCGAGCCCAACACAGCGGUCACCCGCCGAUUUGGGAUCCCAGGACUGAAGAAGGCCAUGGAGUGGUUUGGCUACUAUGGAGGUCCCUGCCGUGCACCCCUGGCUCCGCUGAGUCCCCCCCAGGUUGAGGAGCUGAGGGGCAUCUUCACUGGCAAUGGCUGGUUGUGAAGGGUCCCUGCUCCUGCCCCUUCCUGCCCCAGGAAGGCACGGGAGUGACCAAUACCAAGAGCUGGGGACAUAGUAGGGACUCUGGGAUGUGGCCAGUAAAAAAAUACCCAUCUUGCUCCUUCCUGCUGGACAGGGCUGUCCUGGGCAGAGCAGGGAGGGAGGUAUGGACACCAGCAUUCCCUGGCCAUUGGUAUUCCCACCAGCCCCACCUGGGAAGGGAUGGAUCCCCACACCAUGAGCCAGGAAUAAACCUGCUGCUGGCCCGCUG